UUUUUUUUUUUUUUCAUCUUCGCCUUCAACUGCCCACUUGAACAACGCUUAUAUUUCAUCCAUCAUGGGUCUCUCCAAGCGCAUCGCUGUCGCUUGCGUGCUCUCGCUUGCUACCUCUGCUUUACUCUUCUCUUCUCCUACUGCUCAAGCAUCGCCUGCACCCGCGCCUGAUUCAUUCAAUUCACUCCUCAAUGAAGCUGACCACUUUGUGGACCAGAGCAUUCGUGAUCUCGAAUUCAAUUGGGAUAAUAUUGAGGAAAAGGUCCACGGUGUCCUUGACGACCUUUCCGACAAAUUCAAGUCCAAAGUUGGCAAGGCCACAGAAUGGGCCCGCACUCUCACUCACGAGAGCUUCCCUGGCGUACAGAUGCGUCUAAAGGAGCCCAAGCUUUGUGACCCUCAUGUCAAGCAGUAUUCUGGAUAUCUUGAUGUCGGAAGCGAUAAGCAUUUCUUCUUCUGGUUUUUCGAGUCUCGCAACAAGCCCAAAUCGGAUCCUCUGACUCUCUGGCUCAAUGGCGGUCCAGGCUGCUCGUCUCUUACUGGAUUAUUCAUGGAGUUAGGCCCUUGUAGUGUUAAGGAGGAUGGAUCUGAUACCGUCUAUAACCCUUAUUCUUGGAACUCCAAUUCGUCUAUCAUUUUCUUGGACCAGCCCACCAAUGUUGGAUAUUCCUACGGCGACUCUGUCUCCAACACCUUCACUGCUGCCAAAGAUGUCUAUGCUCUGCUUCAGGUCUUCUUCAAGGAGUUCCCUGAGUACCAGCGUCUGGACUUCCACAUUGCUGGAGAGAGUUAUGCGGGGCACUACAUCCCAGCCAUUGGCAAAGAAAUCAACGACAAUAACAAGAAGCUCGCUAUUCCCUUGUAUCGUGCUCCUGGUGUUCAACAUAUUAACUUGGCAUCACUCUUGAUUGGUAAUGGAUUGACAGAUCCCAAGACUCAGUACGAGUACUACCCAGAGAUGGCUUGCAGAAACUCUUACGGCCCUGUCUUGAGCGAUGCUCAGUGCGACCAGAUGACUGCCGCGUAUGACACCUGUGCUGAUUUAAUCCAGGCUUGUUAUGACACCAACUCUGUAUUCCGCUGCUUGCCCGCAGCCUCAUACUGCAACAGCAAGAUGAUCGCCCCCUAUCAGCAAUCUGGACAGAACCCCUAUGAUGUUCGCAAGAAGUGUGAGGGCGGUGGAGGAUUGUGCUACCCUAUCUUGGAUGCCAUUCAAGAUUAUCUUAAUAGAGAUGAUGUUAAGCAGGAGCUCGGUGCUCAGGUUGAUGAGUACAAAUCAUGCAAUAUGCAGAUCAACAUGCGCUUUAUGCUUCAAGGUGACUGGAUGAAGCCUUUCCACUUGAUGGUUCCUGACUUGCUCCACGAUGGUGUCCGUGUCUUGCUGUAUUCUGGUGAUGCGGACUUCAUCUGCAACUGGAUGGGUAACAAGGCUUGGGCAAUUGCCUUGCCAUGGGCUGGCCAGAGCAAGAUGCAGGAGAAGAGUGACAAGAAGUGGAUUGCAAAUGGCCAGCAUGCUGGCGAUGUCCGUUCGUCCGGCCCUUUGACCUACCUCCGUGCUUUUGGGGGUGGUCACAUGUUACCCUAUGAUAAGCCUGAGGAGUCGUUGGAGAUGUUCAACACCUGGAUCAAUGGCAAUAGAUUUUGAAACAGCAAAAUUAUCAGCGAAUGAUGUAGACUCUUCAUUAUCUGUUCUUCUCAAUUAAAUUCAGAAAAUAAAGCGUUCCUUGUCGGAGAAAUGAGAGAAAC